CUCUCUCAUGUUCAUUCACUUCUCGGCUUUGUUGAGAGCUCUUGUGGGCUGAAGUUUGCUGCCUGUUGCAGUACCUCUAUUGUAACUGUGUCUAGUGAGCGAGCGAUCGAGUGAACUGCUGCUGCUUUCUCUCUCGCGCUUUCUAGCUCUCUCGCUCUCUCCUGUGCACUCUUGCACGCACAAGUGAGGGAAAGGCAGAAGAGAGGGGGAAAUUGUGUGGGUGAGCGAGAGCAGAAGCGAUCAGACACACUUUUAUAGGGGUGAGCGCGACUGAGCCGGCAGGAGCCAGAGCCAAAGCCAGACCCAGACAGAGCGGGACACGACGUGAGAAUUGGGAGUUGACUUUUUUUUAAUUUGUAGAGCACCUUUUACUGAAGACGCUGUCCACAAGCAGCUACCCAGAAUUCAGCUCCAAACCCAUGACAGCCACUUCAAGUGGAACAGUGGCAGGAAAGACUUCAAAGAACAUGAGGAAGAAACCCUAAGAGGAACCAACACCACAGAGGGCUACAUUUCCUCGUCCAACGGUCUACAACGGUCAAUAGAAUGGCUCAUCGUCUACGUCUGUACUUCGGUUCUGGUCGGAGCAACACGGCUCCUGAAUUUCAGGAGCUGGAUGAAGAUGAGAAUGGAAGUCCUGAUGGUAAUGGAAGAUUCUGUAGUAGCUCUGGAGCAGGCACCAUGCUGUUGCGCAUGGGUCAGAGGAAUAUACCGCUAGACGAGGCAAAUGCUCCCGGAUUGCCUGGAGGUUCUGAUACUUUCCUGAAACGCAGCUCCUCCAUGUUCAUACCGCAGCUCCAAAACCAACCAGAAUCUAGAACUACCAAGAGCUCAUCCAUGCAGAUAUCCCUCCAGCGGUCAGCUAUCUCUCAAGAAGAUGUACGACACAUGGAUUCACCUCCUGAAUAUCCGGAUGAUCCAGCUCCAGCCUACACGGAGCCUGGAGAAGGGUGGUCCAACCCUCCCAGUUACUACAGAAGAGAUAGUCCACCUAGCCUAUUAGUGGACCAGACUACCUAUGGCACAGAACCUAGCCAUCCCACACGGAGAAUCUUCUGUGUCAGGCCUUAUGUCCAGAAUACUCAAUCUUCUAUUGGGAUUUCCAACGGAGGUCCUCCAGGAAACACAAUUGGUGGAUUUUGUAUCCAGCAAAAGGCCUUUACAGGUGGCCCAGAUGUUCAACAGUUUACAAUAGUGCCCUACGCUACAGAUGGCCAAGACAGUGCAUGUCGCUGGUCUGUCCAGCCAACCACAAACGGGACAUCUGGUACCCGAAGACUUGUCUUCCAGCUGCAGCAAGACCGGGGAAUGUCCAUUAAUACAAACGGCCAGAGAGAAGCACCCAGUCCCAGCUAUAGUGGUUCCAAAAGCUGCCGCGAUGCCCGUUACCCCCGAAUCAGGCUGGAGAGAAGCACAUCUCAGCCUGUACAGCCCAGAACAGUUCCUUCACGCCCUGGAUCCAUGCCAAACCUCCAUGCCCCUAUAUCCGAAAUGGAUACAGAAAGCGAGGAAGUGAUCGAGGAUGGAUCCCGAGGCUGCACAUUCAAGAUCAGAAAGGAGCAGAACCAGAAGCAUCCCAAGUUUAAGAUCUAUUUCAGCCAAGGAGGCGACCGAAGGUCUAACUCUGUGCAGGAUAUUAGCUUUGGAAAGGUGCCUAACUGGAACAACCCACAGGGACACAUUGGUCACGAUCGACCCAAGAAUGGGCUUUUCCACCUGGGACAGACAAGAGAUGACUUUCUGGGACAGGUGGACGUUCCUCUUAAUCAUCUGCCGACGGAGGAUCCGGCGAUGGAGAGGCCGUACACGUUUAAAGAUUUCCUCCUGCGGCCCAGAAGUCAUAAGUCCCGGGUGAAGGGUUACCUGAGGCUGAAGAUGGCCUAUCUGCCGAAAAACGGCGCUCAGGAGGAGGAGAACACUGAGAUGAGGGAGGAGGCGGAGGGGUGGGAUGUAGAAGCAGUAGAUCAUGGAUCUCGGAGGCCUCAGCAGAUGCUGCCUCCGUUACCAGCAGGCUGGGAGGAGAAGGUGGAUAACCUCGGCCGAACGUACUACGUCAACCACAAUAACCGCUCCACGCAGUGGAAAAGACCCAGCGCUGUUGAUGUGGCUGCAGAGACGGAGAGCGAUAACCACCUCCGACAGAUUAAUCAGGAAGCUCACAGAGUGUUCCGCUCCCGCCGCCACAUCAGCGAGGACCUGGAGAACGAGCACCUCGACCCCAGAGACCUGGAUGACACAUGGGACCCAAUCACAGAGGAGGACCCGACCCUGAUGGGCGAGGCUAUACCUGGCCCCUCCAACGCCACGCCCCUAAACCACAACCAGUUCAGCACUCCAGAGUUUUCAGAGGAAAUCAGCCUGAGACUGUCCCUCACUCCAGACACCAACGGAGAAAUCCCCGGACCCAGCAGCUCCGGGUCUCUCAUCUCGUCCAGACUGCGCUCCUCCAGUAUGACCGAUGGCGUCAGCGACCAGGCCCAGCCUCCACCCCCGAUGCAGAACUCCCAGUCCAGACGAGCCCGAGCCCAAACGGUCACAGGCGUAGAGGAGUCCAUGUCUCCGUCAGCAGUGUAUGCUGCCACCACUCCGGGUUUGCCACCAGGCUGGGAGGAGAGAAAGGACACUAAAGGCCGAACGUAUUACGUUAACCACAACAACCGCAGCACCACCUGGACACGCCCCAUUUUACAGCACACUGAAGAUGGAGCGGCCAGUUCCUCAGCUGGAGCAACAGGGGGCGCCACCCCUUCUACCCCCUCAUCCAGCGGCCACCUGAGUGAACCCCAAAUGCGGCGCCCCCGUAGCCUCAGUUCCCCCACUGUAACCCUCUCCACCCCCCUAGAGGGAGCCAAUAACAUUCAGCUACAGCGGGCAGUGAAGGACACGCUGUCGAACCCUCAGUCACCCCAGCCCUCGCCAUACAGCUCCCCUAAAUCCCAACACAAAACCACACACAGCUUCCUGCCCCCCGGCUGGGAGAUGAGGAUCGCCCCCAACGGAAGGCCCUUCUUCAUCGACCACAACAGCAGGACCACCACAUGGGAGGAUCCUCGUUUGAAGUACCCUGUUCACAUGAGGACUAAAGGACCACUGGACCCUGGUGACCUCGGCCCACUUCCUCCUGGGUGGGAGGAGCGAGUGCACGCGGACGGAAGAACCUUUUACAUUGACCACAAUACCAGAAACACACAGUGGGAAGACCCUCGACUACAGAGUCCCGCCAUCACUGGCCCUGCUGUGCCGUACUCCAGAGAGUUCAAACAGAAGUACGACUACUUCAGGAAGAAGUUAAAGAAACCGGCGGAUAUUCCUAAUCGGUUUGAAAUGAAGCUUCACCGAGGGAAUAUUUUUGAAGAAUCCUACAGGCGGAUAAUGUCUCUGAAGCGGCCGGAUGUGCUGAAGGCUCGACUGUGGAUCGAGUUUGAGUCAGAGAAGGGUUUGGACUAUGGAGGCGUGGCCAGAGAGUGGUUCUUCCUCCUCUCCAAGGAGAUGUUCAACCCUUAUUAUGGACUGUUCGAGUACUCAGCCACAGAUAACUACACACUUCAGAUCAACCCUAACUCAGGCCUGUGCAAUGAAGACCAUCUCUCUUACUUCAAGUUUAUUGGGCGGGUAGCAGGAAUGGCUGUUUACCAUGGCAAACUGUUGGACGGUUUCUUUAUCCGGCCUUUCUACAAGAUGAUGCUCGGAAAGCAGAUCUCGUUGAACGACAUGGAGUCAGUGGACAGUGAAUACUACAACUCACUAAAGUGGAUUCUGGAGAAUGACCCAAUGGACCUGGAUUUGCGGUUCUGUAUCGAUGAGGAUAACUUUGGACAGACGUACCAAGUGGAUCUGAAGCCAAGUGGUUCGGAUAUGGUCGUCACCAACGACAACAAAAAAGAAUAUAUCGAUCUGGUCAUACAGUGGAGGUUCGUUAACAGAGUGCAGAAACAGAUGAAUGCCUUCAUGGAGGGAUUCACAGAACUCAUCCUCAUCGACUUAAUCAAAAUCUUUGAUGAGAACGAGCUUGAGCUGCUGAUGUGCGGUCUAGGGGAUGUGGACGUUAAUGACUGGAGGCAACACACUGUCUAUAAAAACAGCUACUGCCCAAAUCAUCCGGUCAUUCAGUGGUUCUGGAAGGCUGUGUUGCUGAUGGACGCUGAGAAGAGAAUUCGUUUGCUGCAGUUCGUCACAGGAACGUCCAGAGUGCCUAUGAACGGCUUUGCUGAGCUCUAUGGUUCAAAUGGGCCACAGCUGUUUACCAUCGAGCAGUGGGGGACGCCAGAUAAGCUGCCCCGCGCUCACACAUGCUUUAACCGGCUGGACCUGCCUUCCUACGAGUCGUUUGAUGACCUGAGGGAGAAGCUGCUGAUGGCGGUGGAAAACGCCCAGGGCUUCGAGGGAGUAGACUAGAGAGACAGAAGAAGAGACGACCACAGAAAUACCCAUCUGCAAACACAAGACUGUACACACACACACAAACAAGCUGCCAUUGUAUGGCCCAACCCAAGCGCCUGAAGCAGCAUUAUCAGAACAGUAAUGCAUGUCUCCGUGUGCCGAGAGGAGCCUGAGUGGACUCAUAGACGACGCACAGAGACUUACAGUAGACAAUAUAGCACUCAGCAGAGUCCUUUAACACUGCUCUCUUCUCUUCUCUCUACUUGUCUCUAUCCUUUCUUUUUGUUUCCCUGAACUUCACAUGUUUUCAAUUGCCCUACAUUGUUAUCUUUACUCUUCCCUUCUUGUUAGUAUAAUUUUUCUAAUCUUCUCCCUUCCCCUUUUGUCCUUUCUCUGUUCACUUUAGGUACCUUUCCUCCCAUCUAUUUUCUUACUUAUUUCUUUCUACCUUCCUCUUAUCCAUUUCCCCCUCUCCCAUCCCUCUUCUAAUCUAUUUCCUUCUCCUUUCCUUUUCCUGUCCAUUUCUCUUACAUUCUCUCUUACUUUUCCUCUUCUUGUCAAUUUCCUCCCUUCCUUCUCUCCUUCUAUUCCUUCCUUCUCAGCUUUUUCUUCUUCCCUCACUUUCCUUUUAUUCUUUGUCUUAAUUUCCUUUCCUAUCCCUUUCUUAUCAGUCCCUCCUCUCAUCCAUUUCCUGUUCUCGUUACCCUACCCUUGCUUCCUCCUUUCCUUCCUAUCCCUCUCCUCUUCUUUUCCACAUCUUUCUUCUUGUUUCCUCUCUCAUUCCCUUCCCUCUGCUCAACCGUUUCUUCUUUCCUUCCCCUUUUCUUGCGCUCUAAUUACCCUUUAAUUGUUUCUAAACCCCUUUCCUGCUCUUGCUACCAUUCCUUUCAUUUUCUUUUGCAGAUUCUAUCUCUUUCUGGUGCUUUCUCUCUCUCUCUCUCAGAGACAGAUAUAUUUCUGUACGUUGUUUCUUUACUAGCCUCAGAGGAGCAUGGCCUUCAGAAGAAGAAAAACAAAAAAACAAAGACUUUUUAUUUGGUGAUGUAAUAAAAGGCGCCGGGUAGUGUAAAUGCAGCCAACGGGGGAAACUACAGUCACCCUUAUCAGGUCUAACCACCAGAUUACCUUAGGAAAAACAGAGCCGAUCACGAGACGAAGAGCAACUCCUCCUCCACUUCGCUCCUCCUGCAAGGAUUCUUUUCCUCUUUUUUGUUUUACCUUUGCAAAGCCAAGAAGGAAAAAAGGAUGUUCAUAAUCAUUUUAAAAUUUUUAUUCUGAUCAUUGUUUAUUAUUCUGAUUAUAUUAUCAUGCUUCUCGCGGAGUGUGCCGAUAUUUGUACGGAUUAUGUGGUUUACAAUUUUAGAAAAUGUUAUCAAAAAAAGAAAUAUCAUUCUUGAUCUGGCCAGGCUAUGACAAAAUAAAUAUCAUUACAAUCGUUGUGGGCAGAAAACAUGAUCAACGUGGUUAUUGUAGUGCUAAAAAAACUGGCAUGAACAUGUAUCCGUGUUUUUGAUAUGAUUACAUAGUAAUUAUGAAGCUACUCACUUUUCCUGCUCGAGUAAAUGAACCCUUGGAGAAAAAGGGGGAAGACCAAUAUGACAUGUACAUGAGUUUGGUUUUCUACAUCACAAUUGUAUUAUUAUUAUAUUAUUAUUAUUACUUAUAUAAUGCUGUAAAUUAGUUUGUUUUUUGGGGGGAAGGGGGUACAAACUUUUAAUUCUGCCACUGUAUGUAUUAAAGCUUCUGUAAGUAUUAACAUGAAUGAAUGGUUGAAGAUGUGAACGUUCUGACUAAGAAAUGAACGUGCUGCAGACUCUUUUAGUACAAAAUACUCCUUUAUCCCUUUCUUCCAUUUGUUCUUUCUUUCAUUUCAUUACUUCUUUGCUUUCUUUUCACUUUUCGCUCAUAUUUGUCAUCUUUUCAUUUCCAUUCUAAACACCACUGAACCUAUAAGGGCACUUUAAAAGUCACUCACGAGGGUCGUGGGUUUGACGUUUGUCUUUUAUUAAUAACUUGAAUGUGACUUUACUAUAUAAAUAUAUAUGUAUUUUUUCCCAGUUCAGAGCACUCAAACUACCUGGUGCAAUAUCUCUAGUCUGUUCUUUGCCUGCUGCUAACUUUCAGAACACUCAGUCGUGGAGCGAGGCUUUCAGACGAUGCUGAAACUGACCUUCAGGACGGCUCAUCCAGGGUGGGGUCUGACUGACUGAUCACACCGAUGCAGAACAAGCCUAAACCAGUUUAAAGCUGAUUCUAGAUCAGCCCUGCAGGCCGGUUCUAAUCUCAGUGACACUUCAGACUGAACCUUUUCUUACUGGUCUCUGCUGUGUCCACUUCCUUCUCUUCUCUUACUGGUCACUCUCUUCCUGAACGUGGCUCUCUGUAGAUUUUGUGAAACUUUUCUUCCUAUCUUCUUAUUAUUUUCUGUUUAAUUUUGUUUUUAUUUUUCUUUCUCUCUUUUUUUGUAGGGGGCUGUUGUUUUUUUAUUGAUGGGGAAUUGUUCGCCUUGUUUUGAUUCCUUGUCCCACGAGCCCUUGCGAUUCGUAUAACUUUGGUCAAAUUAAACUGACGAAUGCAAACUCCUGA